GGGUUGGAGGGAUAAGAGGAUGUUUUUAUGGUGGUUUUUGGAGAAUGCUGAGUUGAGAAAAGGAAGAUGGGAAAUAUUAGAGGAAAUGCUUAUUUUGGAGUUUUUAAUGGUUGGCUUUUUGGAUCUUGAAGUUGGCAAGAAGACAAGGUGCAGUGUCAAGCUUUUUCUUUGAUGAAUGCUAUAUUAUCUUAGCAGCUCUAUACUUUCUAAGACUAUUCAAAAUAACUCUUUUGAGUGUAAAUUUACUCAACUGGAUGAUGAUUUAGUUAAAAUUUUAAGAGAAGCUACCUGAAAUAGUUUAGAACUUUAACAUAAGUAUCCAUAUCAAAGUUGAUACAAAUAUCUUAAAAAGUGAUUCCAAACAAUUCAGUAGACAUCUUCACAACAUCAUUCCAAGUCAAAUGGGAUAUUUCAGGAUAAAUAACCCUAACCUCCCAGACUGUAGGAGAUGUCAAAAAUCCUUUAUCUCAUAAAUUAAUAUUUCCUGUGCCAAAAGACAUCCCAGAUAAAACUUAAAGCAUAGGUAUUAACUAAACCUAAGGUCUGAAUUAUACAACAGAGAAAUUCAACUCGUGGAAAGCUCUCUUUUAAAAUAUAUAAGUCCCAAGACAAAGAAUAAAGAAAAUUUGAGAUUUUUAAUCAAAACAAAUAUGACUCAGAGUACGCUCUGUAUGGCCCAAGAUGUGUGAUAACAUAUUUAAGUCGUACGAAAGUGUUGUUAAUCAGAAAUUAUCAUACCUUCCUCCAUGAUCUUCAAGUUAUUACUCAAAUUUAUGAAAUGGGUAAAAUUUAUCAUAUCAGAACGAAAGCCAAAGGAUCAUAUUUUAAUCUAUAUCCUUACAUGAACAAGCCUCAUUUAUAGCUAAACUCUUUGUUAAUCUUAGAAUCUGAGGUUAAAAAUGUUCCUUGAGUUUGAAUAAACUCACAGAAAUUUUAGCCAUUAAGAAAUAAAUUUAAAAAUGAGGGAUCAAAGAUCUACAUUUUGGGAGGAGAACAAUGAAGAAAUUUAUAACUGUAUGUGAUUUUUCUCAGUGAGAAAUAACUUGUUGGAGUAGUGAUUAUGUCCAGAUGAAGGAUCCUUCAAAGAGUAUCCUCCUACUCUAAAUAUGCAUAUAGUAAUGCCUGUAAGAGUUCACCUAAUUUUGAUAACAAACUUCUCAGGUUACUUUAUUUAAGACCUUAAAAUCUGAAUUUUUGUAUGAAUUUCAGAAUCUUGAAUAAUCUUGAACCCUGGUUAUCAUGAUAUCAUUCAGAAUUUAAACCAAUUUAGAUCAUAUCCUCAAGAAAGAGAAUCAAAAGGAGACCUAGUAUAAGACGUCCCAAAAGGGGAAGCUCUCAGGAAAAAAGAUACACGACAUUUUUUAUAAAUAUGGGAUAAAAAAAUUAAAUGAAGUGUCGGUAGCCUUAACAGACGCUCCUAUAGAUUUUUCAUAUGCUCAGAUUUUGCUAAAAAAAUCCUUAACUAUGCAAAGAAAUUAAUAUAUAAAAGGUAAAGAUUAUUCAAUAUUAAUAAUUAAAAUGGAAACAUUUGCUAAUCUCCAAAGCUAUGAUCAAACGUUCUUAACUAUGUGAGAUUAUGAUAGUCUCAUUCAGUACUUUCAGACAAUGUACUGAGUAUGUUCCCUUGACCAAAUGGUCUUUCAGACCCAGAAUUAUCCCUAUUUGUCUUUUGGAAUGUUCAAAACAGAUUUGGUGAGGCCUGAGGCAAUGCAUUUUAAGAAGGAUCAAUUUCAGAGCAAAAAUCAAAGCCUGAUUGUCCAAAACUAUCUUCAGUCAAAAAGAGUAAAAGCUGGCAUUUUGGAUAAGACAUUUCAUCUUGAGCUCACUCUCAACCAGAAUUCAUUAGAAGAGAAUAAAGAAGCUACUAAUCGCGAAAGAGGAAUAACCAAGAGAGGAGGACGAGGUUCUAAAUUAAACAUAAAUCCAGGGCUUAUUAGGCUGAGACAACGUCUCCUUGAUCAUAAGAUCUUAGGGUUCACAAGGAAAUUGAAAAAGACUAGGUAUACCUCUGAUAAGUACCUUGGAAGGAGAUCUCAGUACAUUGGAGUUUCCAAGAACAACAUUCAUUGGCAAGCUUUGAUCAAUGUUAACUAUGCCAAAAAGUACAUUGGUACUUUCUUAGAUGAAAUAGAAGCUGCAAGAACAUAUGAUUUGUAUGCACUAGCAAUGCAAGGUGAAAGUGCUUCAUUAAACUUUGACUAUACCCCUCAAGAAAUGCUUGAGGCAAUUGAGCAUUAUCUUCAACACAAAUAUGCCAAAGUUUAUUGUUAAAUUUUCUUCUGGCUAUCCACUACCUACAUUUCAUUGAGAACCAAGCCUUGAAAGCUUCGAUGAAUAUCAGCAUAUUUAAUCGUAAUUCUUCAAUUC